AAUUUCUUCCCAAAUAACUGAAGCAGAUUUUCGAAAAAAUGGCCCUACACGCUGCUAUCAAAGGCAAAUUAAUUUCCGUCAUCGGGGACGAGGACACUUGUGUUGGAUUCUUAUUGGGCGGAGUUGGUGAAAUUAACAAAAAUCGUCACCCUAAUUUUCUGGUGGUCGAUAAAAGUACUGCCGUCAGUGAAGUUGAGGAGUGUUUUAAGAGAUUCAUGAAAAGAGAUGACAUUGAUAUAAUUUUGAUCAAUCAGAAUAUUGCAGAGAUGAUCAGGCACGUUAUUGAUGGACACACGUCGCCAAUUCCUGCUGUUUUGGAAAUUCCGUCCAAGGAUCAUCCGUAUGAUGCUAGCAAAGACUCAAUUCUGAGGCGUGCAAAGGGAAUGUUUAACCCAGAUGAACUCAUGUAAAUUGUUCACCGUGUAUUACUGGCAUGUAGAUUUAGACAAAAAUAUAAUCUGUAAAUACA